UGUCUAUUUAAAAACAUAGAGCUUGGCAUCAGAGUUAUAGAAAGAGCAAUGGACCAUUUACUAUCAUAUUUUUUGGCAAACGACAUUGUAUAUUACUCUCUGCUUUGCUGGCUUGUUUGGUUGGCAUAUCUUAAUUCAAGAAACAUGUGUUGAUGUGUAUCACCACAUAUUGUGUAUGUGUAUAAAAGAAGAUGCAGGUGGGUUGAUUAUGAGGGUGAAAAGUGGUAGUGGUUUCAGAGUUUUAUGAGAGAUGGGUGGUGUUGCAUGGACAGAAGAAGAAGAUCAUUUGCUUAAGAAAUGUAUACAACAAUAUGGUGAAGGAAAGUGGCAUAGGGUUCCUCUUUUGGCUGGUCUAAACAGAUGCCGAAAGAGUUGUAGGCUAAGAUGGCUGAAUUAUCUUCGUCCUAAUAUCAAACGAGGAAACUUUGCUGAGGAGGAAGUGGAAAUGAUUGUCAAACUCCACAAAUUAUUAGGAAAUAGGUGGUCCUUAAUUGCGGGAAGGCUACCAGGAAGAACAGCCAAUGAUGUGAAAAACUAUUGGAACUGCCAUCUAAGCAAAAAACUAAAUGCUCUAGAAGCUGAUCAAGAAGCUGAUCAAGAAGGAUCACAAAUAUCCAAAGAUGUUGAAAUCAUUAGGCCACAACCAAGAAACAUCGCUUCAAGCUCGGCCAAAAAAAGGGGCCUAGGAGAGUCACAAACCGACCAAGCUCUAGUUCAACAAGAGAAUGACACAACAACAAUUGAUGCUGAUGGAAAGAAUCAUUUGGUUGAAACACAACAAGACAUGAUGAUGUAUUCAUGCUUGGACCAACAAGGUAUGGUUGGUGGUGGUGAGUUUCCAAUGGAUUUUCAGUUAGAAGGAUUUGAAGCUAUGGUAAAUGGAGGAGAAGGUUGUAGUAGUAGUAGUCAAUGGAAUUGGGAUGAUUUGCUCUUAGAUAUGGAUUUGUAUAAUGAUUUUUCUUCUUAGAUUAUCAUCUCUUGUUGCUAACAGGGAAGACAAUAGUAGUCUUUAUACCUUGGUUGUUGUGUAUUAAUAUCAAAGUUAAUUGUUUUCUAAGGAAAUGUUAGUUUAAUUGGUGUAUUUUGUAAAUCAAACGUGAUGUUAUUUAAAUUAACCAAUAAAGUCGGUUUUGUGAGAUUAAGUUAGGUCAAAUACGAAUUAUCAUGAUGAAAA